AUGAACAAGGCGUUGCUGGGGGCUGCAGUGGUGUUCGUCUGCGCCGCCGCCACUGUCGCCGCGGCCGCCGCGGGGGAUGUACACCCGAACAUCACCAACAGCAGCAUCACGUACGCGCAGGGCGGCUCGGCGGGGUCAGCGGCCCGCAACAGCAACGACAACAGCAAAAACACCGGGAAGUCCACGGUCAUGAUCGGUGCCACGGCCACAACCGCUAUCAUUGUGUUUUCCGCGGCGUUCGGCUUUGCCUUCGCGAUGUACUGGUGGUACGUCGUGUCGGAGAUCAGGAUCACUCCGGGGAAGGACCAGGGCGUGCGCAACGUGCACCUGACCGAUGAGGUGAUGCGCAACGUGUAUGUGAUCAGCAAGCGAGUGUCGGAAGGUGCGACGGCGUUCCUUCUGUCGGAGUACCGCUACAUGGGACUCUUCAUGGCGGCCUUUGGCUCCCUCAUCUUCUUCCUCCUCGGCGUCGCACUCUCGUCGCCACAGGAUGGCGGCGUGCCAGCAGCAGCGCCGUGGGUGAACGCGGGACUUUCGCUCUUCGCGUUCUUCACCGGCGCCCUCACGUCCGUCGGGGCGGGGUGGAUCGGCAUGCGCAUUGCGGUGUACACCAACGCCCGCACCGCCGUUAUGGCAACGGAGGGUUGCGACGAGGGCGACCAGUCGCGCGGCUACGCGAUGGCUUUCCAGACGGCAUUUCGGGGCGGCAUCACGAUGGGCUUCGCGCUCACCUCCGUCGGCCUCUUCUCGCUCUUCGCGACGGUGAAGGUGGCGCAGGCGUACUUCGGCGAGCUGCCGGAGAACAUGCCAGAGCUGUACGAGUGCGUCGCCGCCUUCGGCCUCGGCGGAUCUGCCGUCGCGUGCUUCGGACGUGUGGGCGGCGGCAUCUACACCAAAGCCGCCGACGUCGGCGCCGAUCUCGUCGGGAAGGUGGAGAAGAACAUCCCCGAGGACGACGCGCGUAACCCCGGCGUGAUUGCCGACUGCAUCGGCGACAACGUGGGCGACAUCGCGGGAAUGGGGUCGGACCUCUUCGGAAGCUUUGGUGAGGCGUCGUGUGCGGCGCUCGUGAUCGCCUCCGGCUCCGCGGAACUGACGGGCAGCUUCACGUCGAUGAUGUACCCGCUGCUCAUCACGGCUGCCGGCAUCCUCGUCUGCAUCGGCACUGCCCUCAUUGUGGCCACCAACAGCGGUGUGCAGCGCGCCGAGGAUAUCGAACCCACACUGAAGCGGCAACUGCUGCUCUCCACGAUCUGUGCCACCAUUGUGCUCGUCUUCCUUACCGACAUUGCGCUGCCGAAUGAGUUCACGAUCGGCACAACCGCCUCCACCAAGUGGCGCGCGCUCGUCUGCGUGCUGUGCGGCCUGUGGUCCGGCCUCAUCAUUGGCUACACGACGGAGUACUUCACCUCCAACGCGUAUCGCCCCGUGCAGGAGAUCGCCGAGGCGUGCGAGACGGGAGCUGCGACAAACAUCAUCUACGGCCUUUCGCUCGGCUACAUCUCCGUGCUACCGCCCAUAGUGGCGAUGGCAAUCACCAUCUACACCUCGUACCGCAUGGCUGAUCUCUACGGCUACGCACUCGCUGCGCUUGGCAUCCUUUCCACCAUGUCGAUCGCACUCACCAUUGACGCGUACGGGCCCAUCUCCGACAACGCCGGUGGCAUUGCGGAGAUGGCACACAUGGGCCACGAGAUCCGUGAAAUCACCGAUGCCCUCGACGCUGCUGGGAACACGACAGCGGCUAUCGGCAAAGGCUUCGCCAUCGGCUCCGCUGCGUUUGUGGCACUCGCCCUGUACGGUGCCUACCUAUCACGUGUCGGCAUUCCGUCGGUGAACAUGCUCGACGCGCGCGUAAUGCCGGGGCUGCUCUUUGGUGCGAUGCUGCCAUACUGGUUCUCCUCGCUCACGAUGAAGGCGGUAGGCACCGCGGCGAUGGACAUGGUGAGCGAGAUCCGCCGCCAGUUCCAGGACCCCGCGGUGGCGGAGGGCACGAAGGAGCCCGACUACCAGAGCUGCGUCGCCAUCGCAACGGAGGCGGCGCUGCAGCAGAUGGUGGCACCCGCCUGCCUUGUCAUGCUGACACCAAUCCUCAUCGGCGUGCUGUUCGGCCGCUACACCCUUGCGGGGCUGCUCCCGGGCGCGAUCGUGUCGGGUGUGCAGGUGGCCAUCUCCGCCUCCAACACCGGCGGCGCCUGGGACAACGCGAAGAAGUACAUCGAGAAGGGCGGACUGCGCGACAAGAACAAGGGCAAGGGCUCGCCUCAGCACGCAGCUGCCGUCAUUGGUGACACAGUUGGUGACCCACUGAAGGACACCUCCGGCCCUGCGCUGAAUAUUCUAAUCAAGCUCAUGGCGAUCAUAUCCGUUGUCUUCUCUCCAGUCUUUCAGUCGAAGCUCGGUGGCAUCCUCAUGAACCUCAUUGAGUGA